AUGCAGCCUGACAGCAUUUUCAGUGCUGCCGGUCAAGCCAACGCUGCCAGCAUGCCAGCACGCCAAGCGAGCAGCAGCAGCAGCAGCAGCAGCAGCAGCAUCCUCCAUCUGAAUCUGUUUUGCGACGGCUUCGCCAGCCCCAUCAGCUCUCCGUUGAGGGCCCUGAUGUACUCCGCCGUGCAGGCCAGUGUCGUUGCAACAACGCCCACCCGCUCUUCGCCCGACCAGGGUGACGACGGCGCUUCCCUACUGCCGUCGCUGCCGUCACUCACAUAUCCGCUGCCUGCCAACCUGAGCAGCGUGCCACCUCCAACAAACUUCUUUGACCUGCCCCUGCCUCUGUGGUCUCCACACAAUACGUUUGAGCUCCAGGGACCACUGCUUGAUGCAUCCCUGGACGACAGUUUCGAGCUGUUUGUCGACCUUCCACCGAUCACCGGCAGCGAUGACGAUGAUGGUGGCUACAAUGAUUACGAACCCCAGCACCGCGCAACCCCACCUCUCCAGCACCAGCAGCAAGGCCACACCAACAAGCAGAUGCAGCAGCAUCAGCAGCAAGGCCACGCUAACCAACAGCAGCAGCAGCAGGAGUCACAGAUGCUGGAAGUGCCGCUGAUCGAUAUGACCCAGCACCAACGCCCUAACCACCACCCACACCAAGAGGUGCAGCAUGUGCAGAUGCAUCAGGUGCGUCAGGUGCGUCAGGAGAUGGCUCGCAUCGAUACCAGGAACCACCAGCACCAGCAGCAAGACCACACCAACCAACAGCAGCAGCAGCAGCAGGAGUCACAGAUGCUGGAAGUGCCGCUGAUCGAUAUGACCCAGCACAAACGCCCUAACCACCACCCACACCAAGAGGUGCAGCAUGUGCAGAUGCAUCAGGUGCGUCAGGUGCGUCAGGAGAUGGCUCACAUCGAUACCAGGAACCACCAGCACCAGCAGCAAGACCACACCAACCAGCAGAUGCAGCAGCAGGAGUCACAGAUGCUGGAAGUGCCGCUGAUCGAUAUGACCCAGCACCAACGCCCUAACCACCACCCACACCAAGAGGUGCAGCAUGUGCAGAUGCAUCAGGUGCGUCAGGUGCGUCAGGAGAUGGCUCACAUCGAUACCAGGAACCACCAGCAACAGCAGCACGGCCACACCAACCAACAGCAGCAGCAGCAGGAGUCGCAGAUGCUGGAAGUGCCGCUGAUCGAUAUGACCCAGCACCAACGCCCUGAACACCACCCACACCAAGAGAUGCAGCAUGUGCAGAUGCAACAGAUGCAUCAGGUGCGUCAGGAGAUGGCUCGCAUGGAUACCAGGAACCACCAGCAUCAGCAGCAAGGCCGCAACAGCCAGCAGAUGCAGCAUGUGCACAACGAUGUGACCCAGUACCAACGCCCUGAUCACCACACUCAGCGCCAGCAGACGCAGCGUGUGCAAGUGCAACAAGUGCAGCACGUGCAACAGCUACUCGGCCACAGCAGCAACGGCCAACACCAGCAGGCGAACCAUGUGCACGUCCACCACCACCAUGUCCACCACGUUCAUGUGCAGCAGGACUCUGUUCAACACCACCAACACCACCACUACCAACAACAACAACAACAACAUCGGCACCACCAGCAGUCUGUCUUCCAGCAGGGCCAAGAGCGUCUUCUUCAUGACGACGGGCGCCCAGCUCGCAAGCGCGCGCACCUCAGUCUCUCGUUUGCACAGCAGGUGUAUCUUGCACAGCAGCAACGGCAGCAGCAGCAGCAACAACAGCAGCAGCAACAGCACCAGCAACAGUUGGCUGUUGCUGCUGCUCGGGCCUACACAGCCCCUGCCCCUCCUUUCCAAGCAGUCCAGCCGAUGUUGGUACAGGCUGCGACGCAGGCUGGGCAGCAUGGGCAACGCGACCAGACGUCCGUGCCACAGCAAGCAUCUCUCGAACAGCAGCAGCAAGCAUCUCUUGAACAGCAGCAGCCAGCAUCUCUCGAACAGCAACAAAAGCAGGAACGGCUGAAGCGGCGGCGCGCAAAGAAGAAAGACACGGAACAGGUUCGUCGCGACGCCAUCAACGCUCAUGUCGAUGAACUCAGCCGUAUCGUGCUGCCAGAGAAUGCCUCGGCCAUCCUGCGCCGGAGUUACCGGGCGGUGGUCAUGACAUGUGUUGUCUACGCCUUCACCAAGGCUGACCCAGGGUUCUUUGAGCUCGCAAACAUGCACCGCCAGCGCGUGCGCAAGGAACAACUGACGGCCGCCUUUGUGCGCCAGGUUUUGCCGGAGUGCGCCCACGCUGACGCAUGCACAACGCCAUCACAGCGCAGGCUGCAAGCGCUGACAGGGGAUAACAAGCGAACCGAGUAUGAAGGAAUUGUCUACGAUCGGCUGGCCGCCCUUGUCAGCCCCGAAGAGAAUGAGCACGCGAGGAUUUUGCGAGCUGCACGUGACAGGAUCACAAGCGACGGGUGCCGACUCACUGAACAGGAGCUGAUUGAGGUCGCAGAAUUGCUUGGCGAGCGCAAGCAAGGUUGAUCCCUCCAUCGCUGCGCGCGACUUGCUGCACGCGGCUUGCUGCUGUCGUGUCUUUGAAUUUGCCUUGAUUCGGCCUCUGCCUGACCGUGCCCCUUGUCUUGCGAGCUGUGUCGUGCUUUCUGUCUUUCUUUCUGUGUCUCGUCAUGUCACUCGUGUCACUGUGCUUGCUUCACGUUGGCUAUUCCCUUCCCCACCUCUCCCGUCAAUCAAUACCACUUCCUUUUUCGUCUUCCUCUCUCUCUCUCUCUCUCUCUCUCUCUCUCUCUACCUCAUCCGCUUCCUUCAUAUGCGAUCGUUUGUUUAUUCACCUGUUUCGCUGUGCUGCGAUGUCGUCCCCGUAUGCUUCGGUUGACUGUCUUUCUGUCUUUUCUUGUGUGUCGAUAUGAGCACCUGUGCAAUGAUAUCCAAGAUAAUCGUUUGUUUGUGUCCAAGCACCAGCUAAGGACAAUGUCACUGUCCCGCCAUCUGGCUUCUCGCAAGUGCUGUCGUUCCUUGGGAAUUGUCAUCGGACGAGAGGGGUGAGUUGGCGGUCAAACCCACGGUUUACUUUUGAGUUGAAAAGGUUCAU